GUGAGAGAAUGCCACGGGCUGUGCAGAAUUUCCUAGGCCCAAAAGUGCGGAGCAGCGCAGAGCCAUUUGUGCGUCCUUGUUUGUUUUGCACGUUUCCAAGCGAUGAUAACGCGAAUUCGGGUAGCGUUUGAGGAAGCAGCCCCUAGAGUUUGCUCGCUCAGGUCUGGAUGUAGCUGAUUGGAGUAGCAGCAGUCAGAGUGGGUGAUCACAGGGAGGAGGGGAGAGACUCUGAAUUGGCUUUUCUGUGUGUGUGUGUGUGUGUGUGUGUGAUUCUCCAGCGGCCAUGUUAACCAAGAAACCCUGCGCUGCUGCUGCCGCUGUCUACCCGACUGGCAAAGGGGGUGAGAUUUGCCAGCUACAGUGUUCCCCAGGACUGGGCAUCGGGGGUCCCCGGGCUGGAGCAGGGACUGAAGCCACAUCACCCGUUACAUUACCACCACUCAGGAACAGCAACUCUCUCACGGCUGGAGGCAAUAAGCACACAAUGAAUGACCAUCUGCAAGUUGGGAAUCACCAGCAGAUCCACGUUCAACAGCUGUUUGAGGAAAACAGCAACAAACGGACAGUGUUGACUGCACAACCCAAUGGGUUGACACCCGUAGGUAGAACAGGUCUAGCCAUGCCAGAAAAGCAGCAAGAAAGCAGCCAGUGUCGACAAGGCAGCACAACUUCCAUCAAAUCAACUGAAAGCAAACCGAAGCCAGCACCUUUGACUCCUGAGCAGGCCAUGAAACAGUACAUGUCUAAGCUUUCAGUGUUUGAACACCAAGAGAUCAUCAGCUACCCUGAGAUCUAUUUUAUAGGUCCAAAUGCAAAGAAAAGACAAGGUGUAGUUGGGGGGUCAAACAAUGGCGGUUAUGAUGAUGAUCAAGGCUCCUACAUUCAUGUGCCCCAUGACCAUAUGGCAUAUAGGUAUGAGGUACUAAAGGUUAUUGGUAAAGGCAGUUUUGGCCAGGUGGUGAAGGCCUAUGACCACAAGAACCACCAGCAAGUGGCCCUGAAAAUGGUGCGUAAUGAAAAGCGAUUCCAUCGCCAAGCAGCUGAGGAAAUUCGCAUUCUGGAACACUUGCGCAAACAGGAUAAGGACUUCACCAUGAAUGUCAUCCACAUGCUGGAGAACUUUACAUUCCGCAACCAUAUCUGCAUGACGUUCGAGUUGCUCAGCAUGAACCUUUAUGAACUUGUCAAGAAAAACAAGUUUCAGGGCUUUAGUUUGCCGUUAGUGCGCAAGUUUGCACACUCCAUCUUGCAGUGUCUUGAUUCCUUGCACAAGAACAGAAUCAUUCACUGCGACCUCAAGCCUGAGAAUAUCCUUUUGAAGCAGCAGGGGCGCAGUGGGAUAAAAGUGAUCGACUUUGGCUCCAGCUGCUAUGAGCAUCAACGGGUCUACACUUACAUCCAGUCACGCUUCUACAGGGCCCCAGAGGUCAUUCUGGGUGCUCGAUAUGGGAUGCCAAUUGAUAUGUGGAGCUUAGGUUGUAUCUUAGCAGAAUUACUUACAGGGUACCCUCUCUUGCCUGGAGAAGAUGAAGGGGACCAGCUAGCAUGUGUCAUAGAGCUGCUGGGUAUGCCCUCCCAGAAGCUACUGGAUUCAUCUAAGAGAGCCAAAAAUUUUAUCAGUUCAAAGGGAUACCCCCGUUACUGCACAGUCACAACCUUACCUGAUGGCUCGGUGGUGUUGAAUGGGGGAAGGUCACGAAGGGGCAAACUUAGAGGUCCACCUGGCAGCAGGGACUGGGUGACAGCACUUAAGGGCUGUGACGACCCCCUCUUCUUGGACUUUCUCAAACAGUGUUUAGAGUGGGACCCGUCCCUGCGUAUGACUCCCAGUCAGGCCCUCCGCCACCCAUGGCUCAGAAGACGCUUGCCAAAACCUCCCACUGGGGAGAAAACCACGGUAAAGCGGAUCCCUGAGAGUACUGGUGCUAUAACUUCAAUCUCCAAAUUACCUCCCCCUUCUGGCUCAGCCACAAAGUUAAGGACUAACCUGGCACAAAUGACUGAUGCCAAUGGGAAUAUACAACAAAGGACAGUGUUGCCAAAAUUAGUCAGUUGAACACUCAUUUCUUUUUUUUCUUUGGAAUUAUAAUAUUGGAAAUUGUGCAAAGCUGAGCAUUCAGAAGUGUGGCAUUUUUAGGAAUAAGAGUCGUUAAUGCAUAUCCACCAUUUAUGAACUGCUUCGUAGCACCUUUAGUUGGAUUUUUUUCUAGGAAAGCUCAAAUGGCCAAGAAAGGGGGAACAACACUUUUAAGUUUUUAUCUCAGGGCUGUGUUAAAUGCUGCUUUGAAGGAGCAUUCAUACAAUCUGGUCUAUAAUAACAAAAAGUCCCACUUGGUUUAAUACCUAAAUCUUGUAAAUGGUCUUGCCACAAUUAAGUAAUGGUAGGAUACAUUGAUUUGUGUGCUACUGAAAUUUUAAUCACCACUCCCAGAUCCUGUCAGAUAAAUAGCGUGUUAAUGGAUGAGGAUUAAAAAUGCAUUUUACUAAAAGCUAUGCGAUCUGAGGCUUGUUGCAUUUCCCAUCAUCAUUGUUGUCAAUAUCAAGAAUAGAGAAUAUAAUCUAAGAGACUAUGGUAAAAGAAACAGACAGACUGUUAUGAGGUAGCCCAGAGAAUUUUUACAUGUUUACAUGAUAGAUUUGGUUUGUGCCUAUAAAUCUCUUGACAUUCCUUAAAGAAACUAAAUGAGGAAAAGAGAGAAUGUCUAGAGUGGUCUACACUACAGUAGAUUAAUGGCAAAUUUAAAGGAAUUUAUGUGGUUUGAUGUGGCUAUACUGUUCUCAGUAGUACUUGACAGGUUUACAUUCGUGUAAUUAUAAGCUAUUCGCUGGAAGAGUUGCUUUUGAACAUGUACUGUCCUGGAAGGGAAAAUAACUGGUGCUUUACCUUUUUAUUUAUGAAUUUUUUAUAGCUUGAAACUUUUUGUGUUUUGAAUUGAAACUUAAUGCUCACGGAACAAUCGUUGUUGUGUAAUCUCAAUGAGUGAAGACUGGUUAGUUUGCAAGGUAGGGUCUAGAUUAUUUUUGUCUUGUCUCUUAAGGUGAGAAGUUUUUGCAGUGACUAGGAUUAAGAAUUAAAGAAUAGGUCAUUGCAUUUACCU